AACAAAAUAUUGCAAUACAAAAUACGUUGCUUUUGUCAUUCUUUCCGAUCUCUCUGUUGCCAAAUCAACAAGAACUACCUCGUACCUGGUGUAUUUUGACAUUCAAUCAAAAGAAAUCCAUCUCCAACAAAGUCACAGAAUAUGACGUAUACCACAACCCGUCCAUCGUCGAAAAGUUCGUCGUCGGUCUUCGACCGACUUUACUCCAAAUCGACCGAAUCCUCGAGAUUGCGCCAAUCCGCUGGAAAAGAGACGACUUCGAAAACCAUCAUCAGCAAGAAAAAGGAAUCCCAAAAACAUCGUGCCAGGCCCGUAUUGAAAACGAAAACAAAUCUAGUGCAGUCAGGAACAUCAGCGGGGUCAUCAGCWGUCUACGAUCGCCUUUAUUCAAAGGGGACAGCAAGUUACAACUCCAAGCGAAAGACAUGUUCUACAAAAGACGAAAGGAAUGUCUCCGGCGACUGCAACUCAUAUUCAAAGUGAUGUCUUCGGCUGGUAAAGGGGAAUACGAAACGACUACUUUUGGUCACGUGCAAAUAAGAAGAUACAAAUAACGAUGGGUUAUCGACUUUUAAGAGACGAAGGCUAAAAACAUCGACAAACCAUUCUCACCGCGACACUUUGGGAAAGUGCAAGGACUGUCAUCGUAAUUCCAUGGGCUUGGGAUGGUUCAUGCAUCUUACUUUUAGAAUACGCUGCAGUUUCUGCGCGACAACUAACGAAAUCAAAAUAUGCCUUAGGAACUAGUAAAACCUUAUCGCGUGUAUUUGUGAUUGCGAMUUUGUUGUACUCGUGAAAUAAUAGAUAGCAAACCUUGGAAAAGCAUUCGUCAACAAGUUUGUAAUACAGCUGUAAGCUUUGUGCGAUAAUAGACACAAUACUGACAG